AGUGAUUUCAAUAUGCGAAUUCUCAUUAUGCUGUGGGACAUGAAGUGAGGCGUGUCGUAACCAUGAAGGAGCCUGCUGCCUAUAACAUGCUUCUAUCGUAUUUUCCAUAUUUAAGCAACAUACGAUUUUACGCUGGCUUCUUGCUUAUUGGUACAAUCGUAUGUAUGCUCUACAUUCACAAAAAACUGCGACAAAAUUUGUCAGUUAACUUGCCACCUGGUCCACCCAGGCUACCUUUGCUGGGUUCUCUUCCUUGGAUCAAUCGUUCGAACCCAUCAGCAUCAUUUACGCAAUGGGCAAACCAAUAUGGUUCGGUUGUUGCAUUCUACAUGGGCUCGGAGAUAAAUGUAAUAAUCAACGAUGCGAAGCUUGCUCGAGAGUUACUAAUAAAACACGCGGAUGUAUUUCAAGAAAGAGCCAAUCUUGCCGGGGCCCGGCACACUUUUGGAGUUAAAGGUGGUGUUUUUAACGAAAACGGCCACGAUUGGAAAACGCAUCGAAGAUGGCUAGUCACUGGUCUCCGGCACUUUGGGAUGGGCAAGAGAAGUCUUGAGGAACAAAUUCGUGUUGAAGCCAGCAAACUAUGCACGGAGAUUGAGAAAGAACAUAGCAACUUCUAUCCACUAAAAUAUAUCAUGAAUGCCGUAUCCAACAUAAUCUGUUCGGUCAGUUUUGGAAAACGAUAUGAAUACGAUGAUCCGCAAUUCCAAGAUCUUCUCAAAAACGUGAAUGCAUUUUUCAACUACUCACAUCGUGGCAGAAUACAGCAAGCGUUUCCGUUUCUCGUUAAAUAUUUUGUAAAAAAGAAACAAUAUGCAGACAGUAUUACUCGUUUUGUACACACGCACAUGAAGGAACACAAAGACACAUUCGAUAAAAGUAACAUCCGCGACCUUAUUGAUAUGCUGCUGUUGCAAGUUGAAGAGGAAUCUGAGGCAGGAGAAUCCGGGUCAAGCGACAUUGAAAAAAGUAUGCCUAGCACGGGAAAGUCGGUCUAUAUAGCGGGAAAAUCUGUGUCUGAUGGUGCAGCGUAUCUAUGGAGAACAAUUCUGACGCUUUUUAUUGCAGGUACCGAUACUACGACUAACACAAUAAUGUGGUUUCUUCUGUAUAUGGUUUGUUAUCCUGCUGUACAAAGACGUGUCCAUGAUGAGAUUCGGAAUGCUACUGCUGGAGAGCGUCCUCUGAAGAUAUCAGACCGACUACUAGUUCCGUAUUUUGAAGCAACAAUUUGCGAGGUUCAACGUCUUGGGAGUAUUGCGGCUUCUCUAUUACCUCAUCGCACCACCUCAGAUUUCGUCCUAAAUGGAUACGACAUUCCAGCAAAUACGGUUUUUAAUGUCAACUUAGCAUUCGUACACACGGAUCCGAAAUACUGGAACGAUCCCUUCGAAUUCAAGCCAGAAAGGUUUUUGGAUGCGGAUGAAAAAACCUUUAGAAAGAGGGAAGCUUUCAUACCAUUUGGUUUAGGUCGACGGGCCUGUCUAGGUGAGAGCUUAGCUAAAAUGGAGAUUUACAUAUUUAUGUCAAGUCUUCUACAGCGAUUCAACUUUGAACUGCCAGAAUUGAGCCCUCGGCCAAGCUUUGAACCAAUCACAGGUAUCACGCAGAGCCCUCAAUACUUUGAAGUUGUGGCAAAACCACGGAAUACUGGGCUUUACACGAAACUAUCCAUUAUCCACAAAUGGAGAUGACUGGUUCAGAUUAAACUGGACACAAGCUUGUCAACAUCCAUUGUGUGUGCGGUAGAAGUGGACAUUAUCAGCCAGACGCCUGGUCAGGUUGUCAAUCGCUUACGGUUUUCAGAUAAUUGUUCCUCAACGUUGUGUUUGGGAUAUUUUUUGAUAUACAGUAACCUAUUCCACAACUUUGACAGUCACUCGCGCAUGUAAAGUUUUUUUUUUUUUUUUUGUUUGCUGUGUAAUUUAGUAAAUUAUAUAAUAUUGUAAUAUAUUUUUUUAAAUGCUUUUAAAUUAAAAUUUUACACUUGUAUUGUAAUGUAUUUUAAUGACCCCUUUUUACAGUAUUUACUAUAUUCGUCUUUGCUGUUUUUUAAUCUUACGCUGAUUUUUUAAAAUUUUCUUUCUUAAUGUAAGGACCAAAAAAGAAAUAAAGUUUAAUUUUUACCUUUUUGGGGUCAUCCUUGAUCAAUCCGAUCAAUCAUUCUUUAUUAGAAACACAAUAAAAAGAAUGUGACAAAAAACCCAGGUCAUGGCUUAAUUAGGCACAUGCAGGUUGGAAACAACACAGAGACAAGAAAAACAUGAACAAAAUGCAAAAGAAAUCAAUUACAAAUAAAGACAAUUCACCCACUCAGGCGAGUGUCUAGCGUUCAAGAUAACAUAGCUCCUUUUCAAUGCCAGCUCGCUAAAUUGCUUUUUACACUCUUUACACAGCUUAUUACUUAAUUUUAAAAUAAUCUUUAUUCUCGUUUCAUUAUCUUUAGAAAAUACUCCCCUACAACCAACCUCCAGGCAAAACAAUGUGCAUUCAUAACCUUUCUUUGAAAUCGUUGACGAUAAAAUCUUUUUGUCUAAAAAAACGUUUUGUCAAUCGCUUUAGGAACAUUUUGCUGAGGUGGGAGGAGGUGUGGUAUCAAGGUUGUUAACGUCGAGAGCCACCUUCUACCAUGGGGAUUAACAAAAUAUGUAGAAUUAAUUUGUUAAUUUUGAAAGAUCGAAGCUUUAAACGAAGCGCUCACCCAUUUUCUUUCGCGGCGAACAAUUCUGUUCCUUGGGUGUAUUCGAAACGCUGUUCCUGUGUGUUCACGAACGCGACGUAAACCCGAGAACCAAUUCUCGAGUUUCGAACGGCCAAGAGCAGUUUCUAUGACAACGUUUUGUAUCAAUAUGGCGUUUACUGACACAGAACGGGCUGCAAUGAUGUGUAAGUUUUUACUGAUAUACAAAAGGAAAAAUAAAACGGUGUUAUGUAGCCUUUGCUUUGCCACGAAAAUGUUUCAGAAACUUUUUAAUUUCAUUUCACUGCUCGACUUGCUGUCCGAUCGCAGGUUUGUCGCGCAAAAUGAGAAAUUCUAUACACAUUAAUUACAUUUUCACAAAUGCAUAUCUUCCCUAUCAGUUUCCCCAUCAGCUGCUAUCGCCCCCGUAGUAGUAUCCUUGGACAUUUUCUUACUUGGUAGGAGAACCUGCCUCCUCCACCAUGUUUGUUCUUCAUCACACCCACUAUCGAGGUAGUGCGAGUUUGGAGAACAAGAACGCGUUCGCGAACGUGUUCCGUGGUAUUCGAGACUUCCCAGAACGUGUUCUCCGACUGUUCCUCGUUCGCGAGCAGCGUUUCGAAUACACCCACUAAAUUUUCCUACUGAAAAACUACCUUUUUAAUGAUAGACUACUAGAGUGUUCAUAAUUUAAAAAGUUUAUUCAUUUACAUAUAUUAAUACAAGCAGAAUUUACAUACUGCAAAGCGAAAAAAGGUACAAUUAUGAUACAAAUACCCAUGGUUGAAGUUUGGUGUUAGUGUAUUGCACAAUAAUUAAGAUGAGUUUGGAAUCCAUUCAUAUACGUUUCUUUGACUGACAAAGGAACACGAAACAAUGACAAAUCCAAACCUUUGCAUAAUGAACGUAAGUUAUCUGUUAACGCAAAAUAAAAAAAAUUAGAGGUUCCAUAGAAUUGUAACUACUGUAUUUGUUCACCAUAGCAAGUGGUAGUGUCUAAUUGUCAGUAUCCAAGGGGGUACAGUAGAAUGUUUUAUAAGGAAAUAUAUAAUUAAAUAACAACAUUUUCGAUAUACACAUGUAAAUAGGACCAGUAACUAUAUAAACCUGUAGAAACGGGUGUUCACAUGUAGUCAUGUCCCAAACAUAAAGUUCUUAGCUCUGUCCAUACUAUCAAAUUUUAAGUGACAAUGUGCCCAUGGGCAUGAUGGUGUCAUCUGAUGUCAUAUUACACCAAAAUAGGGGCAUAUCACACUUAUUUGUCACUAAUGCAUUUAUUUACUUUGCUAACAUAGGCCUUUGAAACGGUGGCACACACAAGAGUGGUGCGUUCAACUUGAUUAAAAAAAA